UGCGCACUGGGGGCGCCCGAGGAGCGUGCACAUGCGCAGUAGCGGAGAGGGACACAUUUUGGGAGCGGGCGGUGUUGGCCACCACGGUGCGGCUCGGGGCACUCCUCGCUGCUCCGUCGGGGAGCGGCCCCUGGCGCGGGUGGAUCUGGAGCUGCUAGGAGAGUCCCUUCACUCUGCUUGGCUAGGGAGAGCCCGCUGGCUGGUAGGAGCGGGAGCUGCUGGAGGAGCCCGUCCCUGGGAGCUGGAGAGAUCGCCCUGUAGCCCGGCUGGAGCGGGAACUGCCGCAGGAGCCCCUCUCUCUGCCUAGCGGGAGGGAGCCCCUUGGAGCUGGCCGGAGCAGGAAGGGGGAUUUUCGGAAGUUGAAGCUCCAUUAUUCUUAUCUUAAGAUGCCUAAGAAGAAGCCCAUGCCCAUUCAGCUGAACCCGGCUCCAGAUAGCUCCACCAUCAAUGGGACCAGCACUGCAGAGUUUUUCUUUGGAGGGAGCAGUCAGCUGACAAAUUUAGAGGCGCUGCAGAAGAAGCUGGAAGAGUUAGAAUUGGAUGAGCAGCAACGUAAACGUCUUGAAGCUUUCCUUACUCAGAAGCAAAAAGUUGGGGAACUGAAGGAUGACGACUUUGAGAAAAUCAGUGAACUGGGAGCAGGAAACGGCGGUGUGGUCUUCAAAGUAUCUCACAAACCUUCUGGCCUCAUUAUGGCAAGAAAGUUAAUUCACUUAGAGAUCAAACCAGCUAUUCGAAACCAGAUCAUUCGUGAGCUACAAGUUCUACAUGAAUGUAAUUCUCCAUACAUAGUGGGCUUUUAUGGAGCUUUUUACAGUGAUGGAGAGAUCAGCAUUUGCAUGGAACACAUGGAUGGCGGGUCCUUGGAUCAAGUACUGAAAAAAGCUGGAAGAAUUCCAGAGCAGAUUUUGGGCAAAGUUAGCAUUGCUGUAAUAAAAGGUCUCACAUAUUUGAGAGAGAAACAUAAGAUAAUGCAUAGAGAUGUUAAACCAUCUAACAUUUUGGUAAACUCUAGAGGUGAAAUCAAGCUUUGUGAUUUUGGCGUCAGUGGACAACUGAUAGAUUCAAUGGCAAACUCGUUCGUGGGGACACGGUCCUACAUGUCACCGGAAAGACUCCAAGGUACUCAUUAUUCAGUGCAAUCAGACAUCUGGAGUAUGGGAUUGUCAUUGGUAGAAAUGGCCAUUGGCAGAUACCCAAUUCCCCCUCCUGAUUCCAAGGAGCUGGAGCUGAUGUUUGGCUGCCCAGUAGAGGGAGACUCUCCAGUUUCUGAGACUUCACCCAGGCAAAGAACACCUGGCCGACCAAUGAGCUCCUAUGGACCAGACAGCAGGCCUCCAAUGGCAAUCUUUGAACUUCUGGACUACAUCGUCAAUGAGCCUCCUCCAAAAUUGCCCAGUGGUGUUUUCAGUCCUGAAUUUCAAGAUUUUGUGAACAAAUGCUUAAUAAAAAAUCCAGCAGAGAGAGCAGAUUUGAAGCAACUCAUGAUUCAUGUUUUCAUUAAGAGAUCUGAAGCUGAGGAAGUGGAUUUUGCAGGAUGGCUUUGUUCGACUAUAGGCCUCAACCAGCCUAGUACACCCACGCAUGCUGCUGGAAUCUGAAUAUUGAGAGCAAAUCUUGUACUGUACAUCUGUUUAAAAUAAUGCUAUUUUGGUCUCAUUUCUCAAGCUUGUCUCUGUUCCAAUAUGUAUUUCACCUCUUAAGGAAGGAAGUCUGUUCUAGCAUGUGCCAAAUCCUAUUUGUUUUAAAUUUUUGUCCUAAAUUAUUUGGUGUUUGUAUUGGAUUACUUUUACUUUAACUGACCAAAAUGUGUGAGAUGUUGAAAUUAUAGUGCUUGCUGAUUAAGUGAACUUGGAUAUUUUUUGUAAUGGAAAUCUCACUGGGGGUACUUAGUCCCAGAUUGUUUGAGCUCUAUCAGGAUUCCUUGUAAGUUGGUGGUACUUCAAUCAUGCUUAUCUAGUCUCUCACACAAGGUUGUUAGAGAUCCUCCUAAACAAUAUUUGUCAAGCAUGCUUGUGCUGUUAUCAAACUGCAUCUCAAAGUUAGUCAAUGCUUUUGUGUAGAGAACUCUUCCCAGUGAAACGGGCAAGAGUCCUGUAUUGCCAUGAAACAUAGGGCAUCAUAACUACUUUUUGACUUGUUUAUAUUUCUAUAUUUAUUUUUAAAUGUAUUGUCAUACUUGGGAUUGUUUAGUAGUAUGUCUCCUUUAAUUGGUUUUUUUUAAAAGUCCUAUAGACUCAAGAGCUAAAAGUGCAUCAGGCUUGCUUCCUUUUAACCCAACUAAAGAAGACUUAUGACAACUGCGUGUAUAGUGUCUAAAAUGUAUGAAAAUACUUUUAAUUACUUUAUUCUUUCAGAUGGCUACCAGUUUAAUCUCAUACUAAUAAAUAUAUUAUCAAGUAACUUCUUUAGAGGAUGGGUAUUUUUAAAUUCUUCAGUGUAAGUUGGGAGUAAUUGGAAUUUAACUGACAGAGCCUGCACCUUUGCUGUAGAGCGUGUGCACAAAUAAAAUGAAAUAGCUGUUUAAAUACGUUCAGGAAAUAAGCACCUGUUUGAUACUAUUGUGUUACAUAAACCCCAUUCCAAUUACCAUAAGCCUACAUAGGCCUUUUCACUGUCUCGUGUUGAAGUGAACGGGAAUCCAAUCCUCAUCUUUCAAUAUACAUAACGCUCACCUGAGUCAGAAAGGAGCUAGUAUUGAACUCCUUUUUCAAGCUAACAGUGUCACAUACCCUGUUUCUGACCAGAGCUCUCUUUUCUUACACAGUAGGUAGAGGCUCAGGCCUUCAGUUUACAUUUUAUUUCCAGAGCUGUGCCUGUGUUUUGGUGCCAGUGUGCACCCUAGGAGGUGGUGUUUACUCCUUCUCAUAACAAGAAGGAAGGGUCACUAAAUGAUAUUAAUAGGCAGCAGUUUAAAACAAACAGAAGUAUUUCUUCACACAACACCCAGUCAACCCAUGACAUGCUGCCUGUUGUGAAGGUUAAGACUAUAACAGGGUUCAAAAAAGUAGAUGUAUUCAUGGAGGAUAGGUCCAUCAAUGGUUAUUAGCCAGGAAUGGGUACGGAGGGUGUCCCUAGCCUCUGUUUGUCUGAAACUCAGAAUGGAUCACUUGAUGAUUACCUGUUCCAUUAUUCCCUCAGAAGCAUCUGGCAUUGGCCACUGUCAGCAGACAGGAUACUGGGCUAGACAGACCAUUGGUCUGACGCAGUAUAGCCCUUAUCUCAUGUACCUCUUGAGCUGCAAUUUGCACCUGCUGUGUGAAAUCAGAUGCUGGUUCAAUUGUACCAUCCUGUAGGGUGUAUUAACAGUGUCCCCUCUAAUUCUGCCUGCUCCUGUGGGAAAUGAGGGACUUUAUUUCUGCCCUUCUUUAGCUGGUGUGGUCAGGUGCUAUUUUGCAAGUGUUGUCUAAUAUGCUGUAUGUACCUUGACCCUGUAUUGAAUAUACUUAACUGACCGCUCCCAAAUUAUGUAGCACAAACCCUGAAUAUGUGAGACCAGCAUGAGAAAAAAUACUAUCCCGUGUAAACAAGCACAGACUCUCUAACUGAACAAAUAAUGAACAUGAGUGCACCAUUUCCCAUUGUCAACUUGGUUUCUUGUUAGGAAGCCAGUUUUGACUGCUUGAAGUAAUCCCUACCCUGUUACAUUUUGUGAGGGUUGUUGCAUGUUUAACAUUUGCUCAGCUGUUAUAAAAAUGUCCUUUUUCCAGAGGAGACUAUGGCCCUUUCUAUUAGGCUCCGGUGAUAUUUAGUGAGAGCAUUCUACCAAAAGACAGCAAAAACCCCAACAAAAACC